AUGUCGGACGAUGACGAUAACACUCCUCUUGCUCUCAAGACAAAAAAUAAAAAAUUUUCGCCUAAGGGCAGCACGUUUGGGGCAGCGUUGGCAGCAACGGACAGUUCUUCCACCAGAACUGUGAAGAGGGAAGUAAAGGUUGAGGUGAAGAAUGAGCCUUUGGCAAGCGAUAGUGAAGACGACAUUCCUUUGAGUUCACGUCUGAAAGGAAGUGCAAAAAAGCGUUCAAAGCCUGAGGAUGAUGACAUAGACUAUGAAGCCUCUCCUGCGAAGAAGAAGAAGAAGGAGAAGAAGAAAGAAAAGAUUACCGUGAAAGAGGAAGUGACAACCUCUUCUAAAAAGGGUAAAAAGGAUGAAAAAGUGGUUGUUAGGAAGAAGAAGGUUGAAGUCGAGGAGGAAGUUUGGAAAUGGUGGGAAGAAGAGAAGAAACCUGAAGGGAUAAAGUGGAAGAGUUUAUCACAUAAAGGACCUUUGUUCGCACCACCUUACGUUCCUCUGCCGGAUAGUGUGAAAUUUAGUUAUGAUGGCAAGGAACUGAAGUUAUCUGAACUAGCUGAAGAAGUUGCUGGCUUCUAUGCUCGCAUGCUUGACCACGAAUACACUUCAAAAGAUAUUUUUAAUAAUAAUUUUUUCAAGGAUUGGAGGAAGGCAAUAGACUUAAGUUGUAGACGAUUGCAGACUAUGACGCCCAAAGAAAGGGAGAUUAUUACUGAUUUGAAAAAGUGUGAUUUUCGAUCAAUGCAUGCAUAUUUUGUUGAAAUGUCUGAGAAGAGGAAGGCGAUGCCGAAAGAGGAGAAGCAGAAAAUCAAGGAGGAGAAGGAGGCUGAAGCGAAAGAGUACGGUUUUGCUUAUAUUGAUGGGCACAAACAAAAGAUAGGGAAUUUCCGCAUAGAGCCACCUGGGUUAUACCGAGGUAGGGGCGGCCACCCAAAAAUGGGAAGGCUUAAACAGCGUGUGCAGCCUGAAGACGUCAUUAUCAAUUGUUCUAAGGAUUCGGAGAUACCGGUACCUCCUGCUGGUCAUCAUUGGAAGGAGGUUAGGCAUGAUAAUACAGUUACUUGGUUAUGUUCUUGGACAGAGAACGGUGAGAAAGAUUAUGAAAAAUUUGAAACUGCUCGGCGUCUCAAAUCAAGAAUUGACGAUAUACGGGCUGUUUAUACAGCUGACUUCAAAAGUCGUGAAAUGCGUAUACGACAGCGAGCCGUAGCAUUAUAUUUUAUUGACAAAUUGGCCCUUCGUGCUGGUAACGAAAAGGAUGUUGAUGAAGUGGCCGAUACAGUGGGUUGUUGCUCUUUGCGUUGUGAGCACAUUAAAUUGCAUGAGAAUUUGGAUGGCCAACAGUAUGUGGUCGAAUUCGACUUUCUGGGUAAGGACAGCAUACGAUAUUAUAAUCGUGUUCCAGUAGAAAAGAGAGUUUUUAAGAAUUUGGUUUUAUUUAUGGAAAAUAAGGAACCAGGCGACGACCUUUUCGACCGGCUUGAUACAAGUACCUUGAAUCAGCAUCUUCAAAGCCUUAUGCCAGGGCUUACAGUGAAGGUUUUUCGUACUUACAACGCUUCAAUUACCCUUCAAGACCAGUUGGAAAAGUUGACUAAAGACGAUGCAACUGUACACGAGCAUUUGCUGUCAUAUAAUCGUGCAAAUCGCCAAGUUGCCAUCCUUUGUAAUCAUCAAAGGUCCAUACCCAAGAGUCACGAAAAGAGUAUGGAAAAUUUGAAGGAAAAAAUCAAAGCGAAGAAAAAGGAGUUAACUGAAGCAAAUGUAACUGUGCAUUCACGGUUGGUCGAGGAGGCAAGCAGCGAUAGUGCUAUAGAGAAAGCUAAAAAGAAAGUUGAAAGGAUAAAGGAGCAGUUGAGAAGGUUGAAAAUUCAGAGGACUGAUAAGGAUGAGAACAAGCAAAUUGCGCUGAAUACCUCCAAAUUAAAUUAUCUAGACCCACGUAUCUCAGUCGCUUGGUGCAAGAAGUUUAACGUUCCUAUUGAAAAAAUAUUUAACAAAACGCAGAGGGAGAAGUUUCGCUGGGCGAUUGAUAUGGCUGAUGAGGAAUAUAUAUUUUAG